AUGAAGCUGGUCCCGACCAAGUCGUCGCAGGACAUUGGCGAAGAUGCCGUCACUCUUCUGCCCGAGGACUCUGAGGAUAUGUGGCAUGCCUACAACCUCAUUAGCCCAGGCGAUCUCGUCAUGGCCCAUGCCGUGCGCAAGGUCGUCCAGGAGACAAAGACAGGCAGCACCAUCUCCGAACGAGUCCACACCAUGCUAGUCAUCCGCGUCAAGAGCACAUUUUUCGACCCCAUCGCCGGCCAGCUCCAGGUCAGCGGCACCGUCAAGUCUGAGAAUGCCUACGUCAGUCUCGGCCAACACCACACCCUCGAUCUCGAAAUCUCUCGUCCAUUCACGAUAAGCAAGCCCGAGGGCUGGGACACCGUCGCCAAGGAGGCCCUCUCCGAGAGUCUUUCCGACGACAAGGAUGGCGCCAUGGCCGCCGUCGUCAUGCAAGAGGGCAUCGCCAACAUUUGCAUCAUCAACCAGUUCCGCACCGUCGUGAAGCAGCGCAUCGAGAGUGUCAUCCCCAAGAAGCGCAGUGCCGCAUCCGAGACAUCCCAGGGCAUGAAGCGUUUCUACGAAAAGAUCCUCACCUCCCUACUUCGCACCGUCAACUUCGAUCAGCCCAGACCGUUGCUUCUCGCCAGCCCGGGCUUCGUCGCCGCCGACUUCAGGAAAUACAUUCAGGACGAGGGGCGAGACAAGUCGGACAAGAAGCUGUCGGCGAUCGCCAAGGAGGCCAUCGUGAUUCACACAAACUCGGGCCAUGUCCACAGUCUCAACGAGGUCCUGAAGAGUCCCGAGAUGGGCACCAAGUUGAAGGAUUUCAAGUUCACAAAGGAGACGAGGUUGAUGGACCAGUUCUUUGAGAGGCUACGAUUGGAAGACGGGCGUGCAUGGUACGGAGCCUCGUCCGUUGCCAAGGCCGUCAAUGAGGGAGCCAUCGGACCCGGCGGCGGCGUUCUUAUUAUGAACAACUCCCUGUUCCGCAGCUCCGACAUCCCGACAAGGAAAAAGUACGUGGGAAUGGUGGACAAGGUCAAGGCAGACGGUGGUGAAGUCAGGAUUCUGAGCAGCGACCACGAGAGCGGUCAGCGACUCGACAUGUUGGGCAGCAUCGCCGCCAUCCUGUCGUAUCCCAUCCACGACCUGGACGACGACGAAGACGACGACGCGGCAGCAGCAGGAGAUGGCGACGGCGAAGAAACCAUCAUAUGA